GAGAAGAGCUCAAGCUCUUGGCCGAUGACCGUGAUGCUGCGCUGGCUCGCAUGGUCAUCGGUUCCGGUUCCGAUGAGGCCUUGCUUCACAGUCCUAUAUUGUGUACAUGGGAUCUCAUUCAUUUGGUCAAAAUUCUACAUUAGUUGAUGCUGAAUAUGUCACAAACUCUCACCAUAAUUUACUUGGAUUAUAUGUUGGAAGCGUUGAGAAGGCCAAAGAAGCAAUCUUUUACUCUUAUAAUAAAUACAUCAAUGGUUUUGCUGCAGUACUUGAUGAGGAAGAAGCAGCCAAGAUUGCAAAACAUCCAGGAGUAUUAUCAGUUUUUCCGAAUAAACCAAGACAACUGCACACAACAUAUUCAUGGAGUUUUCUUGGAUUAGAGACAAAUGGUGCAAUUGGAAAACAAUCUAUAUGGAAGGAGUCCUUGGGUCAAGAUGUAAUUAUUGCAAAUUUGGACACUGGUGUUUGGCCUGAAUCAAAGAGUUUUAGUGAUGAAGGGAUGGGGCCAAUUCCAAAAAGAUGGCGUGGAAUUUGUCAAGUUGAUGAGAAGAAUUUAUUUAAAUUUCACUGUAACAGGAAACUCAUUGGAGCAAGAUAUUUUAACAAAGGCUACAUCGCAGCUCUUGGCCAAAUCCCCUUCAAUACUACACGUGACUAUGAAGGUCAUGGAACACACACGCUAUCUACUGCAGGAGGUAACUUUGUUCAUGGGGCGAACGUAUUCGGAAAUGGAAAUGGAACAGCAAGUGGUGGAUCUCCGAAAGCACGUGUUGCAUCAUAUAAGGUUUGUUGGCCACCAACGGAAGGUAGUGGAGGUUGUUAUGAUGCGGACAUUUUGGCUGCUUUUGAAGCUGCCAUAAGUGAUGGCGUUGAUGUAAUUUCACUCUCUGUGGGCUCUGAUUUUCCCUCUGAGUUCAAUGAAAGUGCCAUUUCCAUAGGCUCUUUUCAUGCAGCUGCGCAGCAUGCUAUACCUGUUAUCGCUUCUGCUGGAAACAAUGGACCUUCUCCUUCUACUGUCAGCAACUUUGAGCCCUGGAUCUUCACUGUUGCUGCAAGCACUCUUGAUAGAGCCUUUACUAAUCAUAUCAUUCUUGGUAAUAAGAGAAUCCGCAAGGGAGCAAGCCUUUCCGAGUCUGCUUUACCAUAUACUAAGUUUUCUCCAUUGAUCAGUGCCGCCGAUGCUAAACUUGCUAGUGCAUCCGAACUAUAUGCGAGUCAAUGCCAAGAGGGAACUCUUGAUCCUAAGAAGGCGAAGGGAAAAAUAGUGUUUUGUGUUCGCGGUGGGAAUAGCAGACUUGCGAAAGGGAUUGAAGCUGCUCGUGUAGGAGCUACUGGAAUGAUUUUGGCUAAUCAGAAUAAGACAGUAAACGACGUUGAAGCUGAUCCUCAUCUGCUUCCUUCCUCACAUGUUCAUUUUAAUGACGGCCAAUAUGUCUUUUCUUACAUUAACCGAACCAAGUACCCUGUGGCUUCCAUUUCUAGAGUGGGAACACAAUUGGGCGUAAAACCAGCUCCAUUUGUGGCUACAUUUUCAUCAAGAGGGCCAAGUCCCAUAGAGCCUUCAAUCCUUAAGCCGGACGUUACUGCUCCGGGAGUGGAUAUCAUUGCCGCCUACAGUGAAGGUGUACCUCCAUCAGAAGAAGAAUUUGAUAAACGUAGAACUCCUUUUGUUACCAUGUCAGGCACUUCAAUGUCAUGUCCUCACGUUGCCGGUGUUGUUGGGCUUCUCAAAUCACUUCAUCCUCAUUGGAGUCCAGCGGCUGUUAAGUCGGCAAUCAUGACCACCGCAAGAAUAACCGAUAACACCGCAAGGCCAAUGCUAGACUCAGCAACCAAAAAGGCAACACCUUUUGCUUACGGUGCAGGCCACAUUGUUCCCAAUCGUGCAGCUUAUCCAGGACUAAUAUACGACCUAAGUUUCAUUGAUUAUGUAAACUUCUUGUGUGGUCACGGUUACACCAGUUUGCAAAUAAGACAAUUUAUUGGCAAAAAAUACAUUUGUCCAAAGGAGUUUGACCCAGCAGAUUUCAACUACCCAUCUAUCACAGUUUCUAACUUUGCAAAUGCAAGUUCUUCUCGGCAUGUGACUCGCACGGUUACCAAUGUUGGGUCCCCAAGCACAUACAAAGUGAGAGUCAAAGCACCUCCUCAAGUUGAUAUUUCAGUUGAUCCCAAGAUUCUAAGGUUCAAGAGGAAAGGUGAAAAGAAAACGUUCACAGUUACAUUCACUUUAAGGCCUCUAAGAGAGAAAAUUCCUGAGUAUACCUUUGGGAGUUUGGAAUGGACCGAUAGCAAGAACCACGUUAGGAGUCCCAUUGUAAUUAAGCAUCCACUUAAGUGAACCUUUGUUUAAUUCAUGUUUGCAUUAGCUAUUGAAGGUUAACUAAUAAAUCUAGAUUAUUUCAUUCUCCUGCUAUAAGGGGUAUGUUUAAAAUGAACUCAACUAUU